AUGCGUCUCACGUUUAUCCCCGGCCUCAUUGGCGUCGCCAAUGCGGUAUGUCCCUAUAUGACCGGCGAGCUCAACCGUCGUGAUGAGGUAUCCGAUGGCGACGCUGCCGCAGCCACAGAGGAAUUCUUGUCCCAGUAUUACCUCAGCGAUAAUGAUACCUUCAUGACGUCCGACGUAGGCGGCCCUAUCGAAGAUCAGAAUAGUCUCAGUGCCGGAGAGCGUGGUCCCACCCUGCUCGAAGAUUUCAUUUUCCGUCAAAAGAUACAGCGCUUCGACCAUGAACGUGUCCCCGAGCGUGCGGUCCAUGCCCGUGGUGCCGGCGCCCAUGGAGUCUUCACUUCAUAUGGCGACUUCUCGAACAUCACUGCGGCUUCUUUCCUGGCCAAGGAAGGCAAGCAAACUCCUGUAUUUGUCCGUUUCUCGACGGUCGCAGGAAGCAGGGGCAGUUCGGAUCUGGCCCGCGAUGUUCACGGUUUCGCCACCCGUUUCUAUACCGACGAGGGCAAUUUCGAUAUCGUUGGAAACAAUAUCCCUGUAUUCUUCAUUCAGGAUGCUAUCCUCUUCCCCGAUCUGAUCCACGCGGUCAAGCCCAGAGGUGACAAUGAGAUCCCUCAGGCUGCCUCCGCUCAUGACUCGGCCUGGGACUUCUUCAGCCAGCAGCCAAGCACGAUGCACACGCUGCUCUGGGCUAUGUCUGGGCAUGGAAUUCCUCGUUCUUUCCGACAUGUUGAUGGAUUCGGUGUACAUACCUUCCGAUUCGUGACAGAUGACGGUGCAUCCAAGCUCGUCAAAUUUCACUGGAAGUCUUUGCAGGGCAAGGCCAGCAUGGUCUGGGAAGAGGCCCAGCAGACCUCUGGCAAGAAUCCCGACUUUAUGCGUCAGGAUCUGCACGACGCAAUUGAGGCUGGACGCUAUCCUGAGUGGGAGUUCGGCGUUCAAAUCAUGGAUGAGGAGGACCAACUGCGGUUUGGUUUCGACCUCUUGGACCCCACCAAAAUCGUGCCAGAGGAAUUCGUGCCCAUCACCAAGUUGGGCAAGAUGCAACUGAACCGCAACCCUCGCAACUAUUUCGCUGAGACCGAACAAGUUAUGUUCCAACCUGGUCACAUUGUCCGCGGUGUUGACUUCACUGAAGACCCUCUCCUGCAAGGCCGUCUGUUUUCGUACCUGGACACUCAGCUGAACCGUCACGGUGGCCCCAACUUUGAACAACUCCCCAUUAACCAGCCUCGCGUUCCCGUCCACAACAACAACCGCGAUGGAGCAGGCCAAAUGUUCAUUCCCCUCAACCCUCACGCGUACUCGCCCAAGACCCCCGUCAAUGGUUCCCCCAAACAAGCCAACCAGACCGUCGGCGAUGGCUUCUUCACAGCUCCUGGCCGUACCACCAGCGGCAAACUUGUCCGUGCGGUCAGCCCAAGCUUUGAGGAUGUCUGGUCUCAGCCGCGGCUCUUCUACAAUUCUCUGGUUCCUGCCGAGAAGCAGUUCGUCAUUGACGCCAUCCGCUUCGAAAACGCAAACGUUAAAUCUCCCGUCGUGAAAAACAACGUCAUCAUUCAAUUGAACCGCAUCGAUAACGACCUUGCACGACGCGUUGCGCGCGCUAUUGGUGUCGCCGAACCUGAGCCCGACCAGACCUUCUAUCACAACAACAAGACCGCCAAUGUCGGCACGUUUGGAACCAAGCUGAAGAAGCUUGAUGGCCUCAAGGUCGGCGUCCUGGGUUCUGUCCAGCACCCAGGCUCGGUUGAGGGAGCUUCCACCCUCCGCGACCGCCUGAAGGACGACGGUGUCGAUGUGGUUGUUGUCGCAGAACGUCUGGCCGACGGUGUUGACCAGACCUACUCUGCUUCAGAUGCAAUCCAAUUUGACGCUGUGGUUGUUGCCGCCGGUGCAGAGAGUCUCUUCGCGACAUCCUCGUUUACCGGCGGGUCGGCCAACUCAACUAGUGGUGCAAGCUCUCUGUACCCCACCGGUCGGCCCCUGCAGAUUCUUAUUGACGGAUUCCGGUUCGGCAAGACAGUUGGGGCGCUGGGAAGCGGCACAGCUGCACUCCGCAACGCGGGGAUUGCUACGUCUCGGGACGGCGUGUAUGUGGCUCAGUCGGUCACUGAUGACUUUGCCAAUGGUAUUAAGGAGGGCCUUAGAACUUUUAAGUUUUUGGACCGGUUUCCCGUGGAUCACUAG